AUGUCUGGGAUGUCACGGCUCAGUUUCCUUAUCUAUCACUCUGAUAUCUUGCUCCAGCUCGGGUCAAGCAAGGUGAUCGGCCCCUUUGAUACCCUACUUGGCACAAUGGCUUGCAAACCAGAGCAGGACCGCACACAAAUCUCUUUGAAUGUUUCUGAGGAAGUUCAGCCUUCAUUGUCUUUAAAAAGCAUAUACGAGUCUCAUGCGAAGGUGCCUGAUCUCAGAGACGAAAUCAAAGAAAUUGCUGAUUUAGGUAAGUCAUUACCUGUAGAGGGAUUCGAUGAUAUGAAUGAGGACGAUAUAAAUCAGCUAUUUGAAUCGCAUAAUGUUGAACUCACUGAAAGAGAACUCAUAGAACUGACGGAGAACAAUUAUGAAGCUCAAGAAAAAGGUGAAGAUGAUGAAGUCCCGGCACCAAAGUAG